CAUCUUACACAUUCACACACGGUGUUAUUACGCAUUUCGAGCCGAUACGCCGCUCGCGCUUCAGCGUAACUGACUAUGGCACGGCGGGACUCGCCUCCUCUCCUUCAACCCCCUGAACAGUAUGCGAGUCGCGGACCGACAUGACAGCGAACAACCGAGCCUCUCCUCCUUCACACCGGCGGCCGUGUGCGCUACCGAGGCGGGGAGCGGGAGUCCGGCUUCUCCGGUAUGCGGUGCUGGUGGCGGUGUGCGCGCUCUGCUACAGUAACUCUCUCUGGGGAGAGUUUGUGCAUGAUGAUAUAUGGGCCAUUACCAAUAAUCCGGAUGUCAGACCGGGCUCGAGCCUGCGGAGCAUCUUUACUAAUGACUUUUGGGGCAAACGGAUGGCUGAUAACACGAGUCACAAAUCCUACCGACCCCUCUGCAUCCUCACUUUCAAGUUAAACAUAUUGCUGGCCGGCAUAACCCCGUUCUACUUUCACCUGGUGAAUGUAUGUCUGCACUGCAUGGUCACAGCACUGCUCAUGCACACCUGUGAACAGUGUGUGUUCGAUGACGGCAACCUGUCCUUCCUUACCGCCUUUCUCUUCUCAGUGCACCCCAUUCACACAGAAGCAGUGUCUGGAAUUGUUGGGAGAGCCGAUUUGUUAGCCAGCAUGUUGUUCCUUCUGGCCUUUCUCUCCUAUAUUAGUUUUUUCAGGAGUGUGUCAGUAAACAGGACGGCUGACGCUUUCCCAUCGACAGUGUCGGUCCUGUCGCUGUCUCUCAGUCUGUUUCUGGGCACAUGCGCCAUGCUGGUGAAAGAGACGGGCAUCACUGUGUUUGGUGUCUGCGUGCUCUACGAUUUCCUGGUGAUCAGCCGUAAGCCCUUCAUCUUGCACCUGUCACACUCCAGGUUAAAGGAGCUCAUAAGAAAUUCCUCCCCAUUCAUCAAGCGUGUCUGUGUCGUCUCAUUACAUGUCAUAGUCAUCAUGUCUGUUCGCUUAUGGUUGAUGGGCGGCUCUAUGCCACUGUUUUCAGAGCAAGACAAUCCAGCCUCUUUUUCUCCGCACCUGCUCACAAGGUUUCUCACGUAUUGCUAUCUUCUCACCUUCAACGCCUGGCUCUUACUGGCGCCCAUAGUGCUUUGCUAUGACUGGCAGGUGGGAAGUAUACCUUUAGUAGAAUCUCUGUGGGAUGGACGUAACAUUGCAUCAUUGCUUCUGGCUCUGGUCAUGCUGGCGUUGAGCGUGUCCUGUGUUACACAUCUGCAGAAGAUGGAAGGGAAGGAGGUAUUAGUGGGCAUCCUCUUCCUGGUCUUUCCCUUCAUCCCAGCCAGUAAUCUGUUCUUCCGUGUGGGAUUUGUGGUGGCGGAAAGAGUUCUCUACAUGCCCAGUAUGGGCUACUGUGUUCUGGUGGUCCAUGGGUUGAACAGACUGUAUUCAAUGGUCAGUCGAUGGGGUGCAGCCGCACUUACUGUGUCCAUGCUGGUUGUUCUUCUUCUCUUCUCCUGGAAGACCGUCCAACAGAAUGAGAUCUGGCUCUCCAGAGAAGCCUUGUUCAGGUCUGGCAUUCAGACGUUACCUCACAAUGCUAAAGUUCAUUACAACUAUGCCAACUUCUUAAAGGACAGAGGAAGAAACCAAGAAGCCAUUUACCACUAUAAAACCGCCCUCAGUCUGUACCCACGACAUGCCAGCGCACUGAAUAAUCUAGGCACUCUGACUCAACAGGCUGAGGAGGCUGAAAUAUAUUACAGGAAAGCGCUGGACAUUAACCCUCAACACAACAGAGCUCUGUUCAACCUUGGAAACCUCCUUAAAUCACAGGGGAAGGAGGAAGAGGCAGAGAGGAUGUUACAGGAGUCCAUUCGGUUUGGUCCACAUUUCGCUGAUGCGUAUUCCAGCCUCGCCUCUUUGUAUGCUGACCAGGGACGUUCAAAAGAAGCAAAUGAGAUUUACACAAAGGGUAUUGAGAACUGUCCAGAGGGUUCUGACCUCCAUAAUAACUAUGGUGUGUUCCUGGUAUACACAGGUCAUGGGGAGCGUGCAGCGUUUCAUUACCAGGAAGCUGUCCGUCUUAAGCCGGCUCACUAUGUUGCCAUGGUGAACUUGGGCCGCCUUCUUCGCUCCUCCAAUGACAAUAAAGAGGCAGAACUGUGGUACAAAAGGGCCCUGCAGGUGGUUCGUAAAGUGGAUAUCUUGACCCCUCUUGGGGCUUUAUACUAUAACACAGGCAGAUAUGACGAAGCCCUGGAGGUGUACAAAGAAGCAGCCAAGUUGCAGCCGGACAGUACUGAUAUCUGGCUCGCUUUGGCACAGGUUUUAGCCAUGGCGGGUCGAUCUUCAGAGGCAGAGAAAAUGACCAUGGGCAUUAUUUUAAAGACGAGCAAGUGCAUUGAAUGUUACCGCUUGCUGUCCGCCAUCUACAGCAAACAAGGCAACCACACUGAGGCUUUAGAUGCUCUGAAAAAAGCCCUGCGGCAUAAACCGUUAGACGCUGCAGUGCGGGCAGAGCUGCAUUUCUCGAUGGGUAACCAGCUCAGAGAGAUGAAUGAUCUUGACCAAGCCUUCCAGAGCUACAAGCUUGCUGUUGAGCUGAAACCCGACCAAUCGCAAGCUUGGAUGAACAUGGGCGGCAUUCAACAUAUCAAGGGAGACUAUGCUGCAGCAAGAAUGUACUACCAAAGAGCCCUUUUACUCUCACCCGACUCAAAACUGCUGAAGGAAAAUCUGGCCAAGCUGGAUAGACUGGAGAAAAAAAUACAUGGGACCUAAAGGAAUGAUGUGACUUGAGCUAAUGGCCAAAUCACAGAAGAGAAGUGACCAAGAGAGAUGGGUAGGCGUGGGGGCAAACUAGGACAUGCAAACUACAGCUUUCAGGACUCAGGAGAUGAUAAAUGGCUGCUCUCAGCCCCCCAGACUCUGUAAGAGGUAGUCUUGAACUUAACCAAUCCAAAUGGCUGAUGUUUUUAAGCCUCUCCAUCCAGGACUGGACCGCACAGAUACCUCUGACCUCAGCGCAUCACCGCGGUUAUCUUUCGGAGCCACAUGUCCUUCUCAACAGCUGUUAGAGAUAACUGAUGCUUCUGUGGGUGGUCUGCUUUUAUUUUGCAUUUUGCGAGUGAUUUAAAUGCUAUUAUUGUUGAAUGUAUCGUGAACUGAAGGCAUAUUGACCUGUGCAGUGAAUUACAUAUCAAGAAUCACCAUAAGCUGUAAUACUGAAGACUCUUAAUAUUCAAAUCCCAACAUAUCCUUGAACUGGGUCACCACGUCAUUAAAUGGAUUUUAAUCUUUUUUUAUUGGUGGCCAAAAUUUGUUAUGCGGUACUUUCGAUUAUACCGUAAUCUUUGCACUUACAUUUGGUUGCCAUAGAAACAGUCAUCAAGAACAUUUCUUGAAUUCAGCAGCCGUGCUAAACAUGUCAUACCAAGAAACCAAUAAGAAGUUAUGUAUCUUUAUUUAAUAAAUAUCAUCAAGUAUC